GGGCUGCUGAGGGAGCUCGGCCACUCCCCCCACGGGCUCCGCAGCGCAGGCGCCCUGGCGGCUACCGCAGGCAGGGGGCGGCAACAUGGCGGAGUGAGCGGCGGCUGUAGCGGCAGUGGUGGUGGCAGCGGCGUUGGCGUUUCUGGCACCACAACAACAGCGGGGGCUGCAGGGCGAGCUUUCCGCCGUCCAUCGCUUUCUUCAAAACCUCUCCCCCUCCCCAGCCCUCGGCCGGCUGUCGGUCUCGGCCGCUUUGUUGCGGUUCUUCCCGCCGCUGCUUGAGGGGUGAGGGCAAGAAGCGGCUUCGGCUAACGGGGCAGCGGCGCCCAUAAUAAUCCCUCAUUAUAGAGCCGAACGGGGGAGCGGCUCCCGGGACGGCCCUUUGGCGGCGGCGGCGGCGGCUCGGGACCGGGCGCUGCUGCAGGUUUGCCGCUGCGGUGGAUGCGCAGCUUCUCGGGCAGGGCGGAGCGCGACGGCAGGUAGUGUUGGCAGCAGGCAGGGCUAGAUGGCAAGCGAGAAGCCGGUGUCGGGGCCGGAGCUGCAGCCGCAGCCGGCGGGGCUCAUCCCUGUCGGAGCCAGUUGCAGCGGCGGCGGAGUUGGCGGCGCUGGGGGAGUAACAGUAGCACCGACGACGGCGACGGGAGGAGGUGGAGGCAGCGGCGGCUCGGCGGCCGUAAUGGGGGAGCUGAGGGCGUCGAGCUCCGGGUCCGUCGUGCUACCCGCCGGGAUGAUUAAUCCGUCCGUGCCCAUCCGCAACAUCCGCAUGAAAUUUGCCGUCUUGAUCGGACUCAUUCAAGUCGGGGAGGUCAGCAACCGGGACAUCGUGGAGACCGUGUUGAACCUGCUGGUUGGUGGAGAAUUCGAUCUAGAGAUGAACUUUAUAAUUCAAGAUGCAGAAAGUAUAACAUGCAUGUCAGAACUUUUAGAGCACUGUGAUGUAACAUGUCAAGCAGAGAUCUGGAGUAUGUUCACUGCCAUCCUUCGUAAAAGUGUCCGCAAUUUACAGACCAGCACAGACGUUGGUUUAAUUGAACAAGUGCUGCUGAAGAUGAGUACUGUGGAUGAUAUGAUUGCAGAUCUUCUCGUUGAUAUGUUGGGGGUUCUUGCCAGCUACAGCAUCACUGUCAAGGAGCUGAAGCUUUUGUUCAGCAUGCUUCGUGGUGAAAAUGGAAUCUGGCCUAGACAUGCAGUGAAGCUCUUGUCAGUCCUUAAUCAGAUGCCACAGAGACAUGGUCCUGACACUUUUUUCAACUUCCCAGGCUGCAGUGCUGCAGCAAUUGCAUUGCCUCCUAUUGCCAAGUGGCCUUAUCAGAAUGGGUUUACGCUUAACACCUGGUUUCGCAUGGAUCCGUUGAACAAUAUUAAUGUAGACAAGGAUAAACCAUAUCUUUAUUGUUUUCGCACUAGCAAAGGUGUUGGGUAUUCUGCUCAUUUUGUUGGCAACUGCUUAAUAGUCACAUCACUGAAGUCAAAAGGCAAAGGUUUUCAGCAUUGUGUGAAGUAUGAUUUUCAGCCACGAAAGUGGUACAUGAUUAGCAUUGUACAUAUCUACAAUCGCUGGAGAAACAGUGAAAUUCGCUGUUACGUUAAUGGUCAGCUGGUAUCCUAUGGUGACAUGGCUUGGCAUGUGAACACAAAUGAUAGCUAUGAUAAAUGUUUUCUGGGAUCAUCUGAAACUGCUGAUGCAAAUAGAGUGUUUUGUGGUCAACUUGGAGCAGUCUAUGUAUUUACCGAAGCUCUCAACCCAGCACAGAUAUUUGCAAUACAUCAGUUAGGACCUGGAUAUAAGAGUACUUUCAAAUUUAAAUCUGAGAGUGAUAUCCAUCUUGCUGAGCACCAUAAGCAGGUUCUGUAUGAUGGGAAACUUGCAAGUAGCAUUGCCUUCACUUACAAUGCUAAGGCUACUGAUGCUCAGUUAUGCCUUGAAUCCUCGCCAAAGGAAAAUCCUUCAAUUUUUGUUCACUCUCCACAUGCUCUUAUGCUUCAGGAUGUGAAAGCAAUUGUGACACAUUCAAUCCACAGUGCAAUUCAUUCAAUAGGAGGAAUACAAGUUCUUUUCCCUCUCUUUGCUCAAUUAGACAAUCGUCAAUUACAUGAUAGUCAAGUGGAAACAACAGUCUGUGCUACCCUCUUGGCUUUCCUGGUGGAACUUCUUAAGAGUUCAGUUGCCAUGCAAGAACAAAUGCUAGGUGGAAAAGGAUUCCUAGUUAUUGGCUACCUCCUUGAAAAGUCAUCCAGAGUUCAUAUAACAAGAGCUGUACUGGAACAGUUUUUGUCUUUUGCAAAAUAUCUGGAUGGCCUCUCACAUGGAGCACCUUUACUAAAGCAAUUAUGUGAUCAUAUCCUUUUCAACCCUGCUAUUUGGAUACAUACUCCUGCAAAGGUGCAGCUGUCACUUUAUACAUACUUGUCUGCUGAAUUCAUUGGCACUGCUACAAUCUACACUACGAUUCGCAGAGUAGGAACAGUAUUACAGUUAAUGCACACACUGAAAUACUAUUACUGGGUGGUUAAUCCUGUGGAUAGCAGUGGCAUUACUCCUAAAGGUUUGGAAGGUCCUCGGCCAUCACAGAAGGAAAUCAUAUCACUACGGGCAUUCAUGCUUCUAUUUUUGAAGCAGCUUAUUUUGAAGGAUCGAGGAGUCAAAGAAGAUGAACUACAAAGUAUAUUAAAUUACUUACUAACAAUGCAUGAGGAUGAGAAUAUACAUGAUGUACUUCAGCUGCUAGUGGCUUUAAUGUCUGAACAUCCAGCAUCCAUGAUACCUGCCUUUGAUCAACGAAAUGGGAUACGAGUAAUUUAUAAAUUAUUGGCCUCAAAAAGUGAGAGCAUCUGGGUGCAGGCUCUGAAAGUGCUAGGAUAUUUUCUCAAACAUCUGGGACAUAAGCGAAAAGUUGAAAUCAUGCAUACCCACAGUCUGUUCACUCUUCUUGGUGAGAGAUUGAUGCUGCAUACAAAUACUGUGACCAUUACAACUUAUAACACACUUUAUGAGAUUUUGACAGAACAAGUGUGUACACAGGUUGUUCAUAAACCACAUCCAGAGCCAGAUUCUACAGUGAAAAUUCAGAAUCCAAUGAUUCUUAAGGUUGUGGCAACUUUAUUGAAGAAUUCAACACCAAGUGCAGAAUUGAUGGAAGUUCGGCGUUUGUUUUUAUCAGAUAUGAUAAAACUUUUCAGUAAUAGCCGUGAAAACAGGAGAUGUUUACUUCAGUGUUCAGUGUGGCAGGACUGGAUGUUUUCUCUGGGAUAUAUUAACCCGAAGAACUCUGAAGAACAGAAAAUUACCGAGAUGGUGUACAACAUCUUCCGCAUACUUUUGUACCAUGCAAUAAAGUAUGAAUGGGGAGGAUGGAGGGUCUGGGUUGAUACUCUUUCUAUAGCCCAUUCCAAGGUCACCUAUGAAGCUCACAAGGAAUACCUAGCAAAAAUGUAUGAGGAGUAUCAAAGACAAGAAGAGGAGAAUAUAAAGAAGGGAAAAAAGGGGAAUGUUAGCACUAUCUCAGGCCUUUCAUCUCAGACUACAGGAGCAAAAGGUGGAAUAGAAAUUCGUGAAAUUGAAGAUCUUUCACAAAGCCAAAGUCCAGAAAGUGAAACGGACUACCCUGUUGGUACAGAUUCUAGGGAUUUACUCAUUGCAACAAAGGUAUCUGAUGAUGUGCUUGGAAGCUCAGAUAGACCAGGGGGUGGUGUGCAUGUAGAAGUUCAUGAUCUAUUAGUUGAUAUAAAAGCAGAAAAGGUGGAAGCCACAGAAGUAAAGCUGGAUGAUAUGGAUCUAUCACCAGAGACUUUGGUAACGAGAGAGAAUGGUGCCCUUGUGGAAGUAGAAUCCUUAUUGGACAAUGUAUAUAGUGCUGCCGUUGAAAAACUUCAGAACAAUGUUCAUGGGAGUGUUGGCAUAAUUAAGAAAAGUGAAGAGAAGGACAAUGGUCCCUUGAUAACAUUAGCUGAUGAGAAAGACGAACCUUCUAACAAUACCUCAUUUCUUUUUGAUAAAAUACCUAGCCAAGAAGAGAAAUUGCUCCCUGAACUUUCCAGCAAUCACAUUACUAUUGCAAAUAUGCAAGAGACUGAAAUGCACCUUGGUGUGAAUGAUGACCUUGGACUCCUUGCUCACAUGACUGGUAGUGCUGACAUAACAUGUAGUUCAAGCAUAAUAGAAGAUAAGGAAUUCAAGAUUCAUACAUCUGUGGAUGCAAUGAGCACCAUUUCUGAGAGAGAACUGGCUUCAUCAUCCAAAGGAUUAGAAUACGCAGAAAUGGUUGCUACCACUCUUGAGACUGAGUCUUCUGGUAGUAAAACUGUACCAAAUGUAGAUGCAGGGAGUGUCAUAUCAGAUACAGAAAGAUCUGAUGAUGGGAAAGAAGUAGGGAAGGAAAUAAGAAAAAUCCAAACCACCACUACAACCCAAGCAGUGCAAGGUCGGUCUAUUACACAACAGGAUAGAGACUUGCGUGUUGACUUGGGAUUUCGAGGAAUGCCCAUGACAGAAGAGCAGAGGCGACAGUUCAGCCCAGGUCCACGAACAACAAUGUUUCGUAUUCCAGAGUUUAAAUGGUCCCCAAUGCACCAGAGGCUACUAACUGAUUUGCUUUUUGCUUUAGAAACUGAUGUGCAUGUUUGGAGAAGCCAUUCCACAAAGUCUGUUAUGGACUUUGUCAAUAGCAAUGAAAAUAUUAUUUUUGUACAUAAUACUAUUCAUCUCAUAUCCCAAAUGGUAGAUAAUAUUAUCAUUGCUUGUGGAGGAAUUCUACCACUGCUGUCUGCAGCAACAUCCCCAACGGGUUCUAAGACUGAAUUGGAGAAUAUCGAAGUAACUCAGGGUAUGUCAGCAGAGACAGCAGUGACUUUUCUCAGCCGUCUGAUGGCUAUGGUUGAUGUACUAGUAUUUGCCAGCUCACUAAAUUUUAGUGAAAUUGAAGCUGAAAAAAACAUGUCUUCUGGAGGCUUAAUGCGACAGUGCCUAAGGCUUGUUUGUUGUGUUGCUGUGCGGAACUGUUUGGAAUGUCGACAAAGACAGAGAGAGAGGGUGAAUAAAUCUUCUCUAAUCAGCAGUAAAACUCAGGAGACUCUUCAGGGUAUAAGUGCAACUACUACUGCUAAGACUCCACUGGAAAAUGUUCCUGGUAACCUAUCGCCUAUUAAAGAUCCUGAUAGACUUCUUCAAGAUGUUGAUAUUAAUCGUCUGCGAGCAGUUGUAUUUCGUGAUGUGGAUGAUAGCAAACAGGCUCAAUUUUUAGCUUUGGCUGUUGUUUACUUCAUUUCUGUGUUGAUGGUCUCCAAAUAUCGGGAUAUACUCGAACCUCAACGAGAAACUGCAAGGUCUGGAAUCCAGGCAGGUAGAAAUAUCAGGCAGGAAAUAAAUUCACCAACAAGUACAGUUGUGGUCAUACCAUCUAUCCCACACCCAAGCUUGAACCAUGGAUUUCUUGCCAAGUUAAUCCCCGAGCAGAGCUUUACCCACUCAUUUUACAAAGAAACUCCUGCUGUAUUUCCAGAUAACAUGAAAGAAAAAGAAACUCCAACACCAAUUGAAGAUAUUCAGCUGGAAAGCUCCAUUCCUCAUACUGAUUCUGGAAUUGGAGAGGAGCAAAUGCCCAGUAUCUUGAAUGGGACAGACUUAGAAACAAGCACAGGUCCUGACGCUAUGAGUGAACUGUUGUCUACAUUGUCUUCUGAGGUGAAGAAAUCUCAGGAAAGCUUAACAGAAAGCCCCAGUGAAAUUCUGAAACCUGCAUCCUCAAUAUCAAGUAUCAGCCAAAGUAAGGGCAUCAAUGUCAAGGAAAUAUUAAAAAGUCUGGUGGCAGCCCCUGUUGAAAUUGCAGAAUGUGGCCCUGAUCCUAUUCCAUACCCUGAUCCUGCACUAAAGAGAGAAGCGCAGCCUAUUCUCCCAAUGCAGUAUCACUCCUUUGACAGGAGUGUUGUUGUGCCGGUGAAGAAACCACCUCCUGGAAGCCUAGCUGUGACUACAGUUGGAACGGCCACAGCUGGAAGUGGACUCCCACCAAGUAGUACCCCUAAUAUAUUUGCUGCUACAGGAGCUACACCAAAAAGUAUGAUUAAUACAACAGGUGCAGUGGAUUCAGGAUCUUCAUCGUCAUCCUCCUCCUCUAGUUUUGUAAAUGGUGCUACCAGUAAGAACCUCCCUGCUGUUCAAACAGUUGCACCAAUGCCAGAGGAUUCAGCUGAAAACAUGAGCAUCACUGCAAAGCUUGAGAGAGCUUUGGAAAAAGUGGCUCCACUCCUUCGGGAAAUCUUUGUGGAUUUUGCCCCUUUCCUGUCUCGCACAUUGUUGGGCAGUCAUGGUCAAGAGCUUCUAAUAGAAGGUAAUGAUGACCUUAUAAUUACUAUUAAUUCUUACUUUUAA